CUUUUGGCCAUCGCGCACACGAGGAGGAAGGGGGUGGAGGUUACGUCGUGGCCCACCACCAGGGCGCGAUGCUUGCCCGUUGUCGUCGGGGCCAGCAACUCUCUGUGAUUGAUUAUAUUCCCGUAGUUGUGUCUGUUGCGUUUUUAAAUUGAGGAGGAAAUGGAAAAUGCAGUGAUUUGCCUCGUGCCUCAAUUUUCAAGGUAACAACGUGCAUAGGUGUUUUAAAGCGUGUGGCCAAAAAAAAAAAAAAAAAAAUUAAAAAAAUGCAAGAGUUUUCGUGACCCUGUACACUUUAUUGACAAAUAACGCGACGUACCAGGAACUUGAGACACAGUGUAUACAAAGAUACAUUGAUAUUUGUACUUGUAACAAUAAGCAUCAGGGGGACUCCACAUCCGUUCCGGAAAAGACGGUCGACCGCAUCAGGACAACAAGGAUGCUGAUGGAUCUCGCGAAAACGCGACCGGGCCGCCCCGGGUGUGGGCGAGCUCGGUCCCGCUCGUCGAAGCACCACCACUACCAGCAGCGCCACAAACUCCACAAGCGCCAAUCCAAAGAUCGGCAACGAAAAUCGUUAUCGUUAUCAAAGAGGCAAGUCGCAUCGAGUCGCAGCGGCGGAAAAAUCGGUCACAGGCGAUGACAAGCCUGAUUUUGGAAAACGCCGAUCUGAACCGCCUGUUUCCGAAAUGCCGGCCUAGGCUCGCCCCGGGCCAACAGCGACGACAACACCAGGAGGAAACGGCGCACGGCUGCAACGGCGCGGGAGGUGUCCUCGAGGGCCAGCUUCUUGUCAUCGACGACGAUUACCGGGACACGAUGAUCGACCUCGAGCGCGACCCCACGACCGACAGGUGCCGAAAGCGCACGAACGGCCGUAAAAAGUCGUCGCGGGUGUCCCGCCACCAGCACCAGCAAACGGCGGAAACGUUGAUGGGCCAACAAGCCAACAACGUAACGAGCAACUCUGGGACCGAUUGCCCGGCCAAGCACGUCCAAAAUCACGUGGCGGCGGCCGCUUGUUCCUCGAGCUCGUCCUCGGCGUCGGGCCGCAGCGAGGACCCGUUACCCGGUCACUAUGGCACCGACCAACUGGCCCAAUCCCAACUGGACGACGACAGCGGCACCGAGGACAGCCCCGUGUACAUACUCACCUCGGCAAAGGGCGAUCGCAGCUACAAGCUACGCGACUCGAGGAUAAUCGAAAUAGCUGGUGGAAGGGAAGUUUUCUCACAGAGCAGAGGCAAGGUCGCUAGAAAGUCUCGUUUUCUUGCCGCCUCGAACUCACUGGGAAACGAGGAUAAUCAGUCGGACAAAUUAUCCUUUAAGAAGAACAACAAGUCUCCCAACAGACAGACCGUCUGGGAACUGAGGAGCAAGUGUGGAGAAACAAGAAAGCAGCGAAUGAAUCGCGAGGUGACGGAAACCGUGUUUUCCAGCGAGGUGCACUCGGUCCGCAGAAAUCCGAGCAAGUCUAUCCUGGACUACGACUCGCCCAAGAACAAUCGCGGGCGUUUUGUUAACUACGACUCGAUACUCAACAGCAACAAUGCCGAACACGGUACGACCGGGCCCAAGAGCAUCACAGAUCUCGAGUACGGCUUGCCAAAAAAUUGCAUAGACUCACUGGGUUAUCAGUCGUCUAACCACAAGACGCCACUGGUGCGCCAUGUUAGCGGGCCUCCCGGCAUGGCAUUGGUGAACGAUGGCGAGGUCGUCGUGUUUGACGAUAUUGACGACAACUGGCAGAACCUCAGGCUCGAUCUCGGCUCGACUAAUGCCCCGACAACCACGUCCUCGGCACAACAGCAUGUGGACGAAUUGUUUUUACAGCACCAGCAGCAAACGAGGACGCCUCCGGAGCCUCUCAGCUCGAGUCUCUGUAGCAGUCCCAGUCCCACGACGACCUACCACCGCAACACAUCCGACUUCUUCAAGAUGAUGACUCCGGGGAGCGAGUGCGAGAGCGAUUUUCCAAAACCGGAGCUGAAUCAUCACCACCACCACCACCAUCACCAGCAGCACAAUAAAGCUGGAGCGACGAGGCUCAUCGGCGAGCUGCCCAUCGCGCAAUAUUCGGGCAGCCCUCGGCGCUACGGCAUGCGAGAAAAUGUCCGACUGCCGACCCUCCUGUCGUCCCCCUCGUCCGUUUACGCCACGCCCCGACCAGGAUUCCCACAGCGAGUACUGCCAACGACGCCCACUCAAAAGGAGGAGGUGGAGGAGGAGGAAGAGAUAUGUGGUAACGAGAUAAUUAUCGACGAUGUCUCCGUAUUGGAGCUGAACGACGACACGGCCCUGACGAACGCGGUGCUGACCACGUCAAUGGCACUGGCGACUUCGACGACGUCGCCAACGAGAGUCUCGACGCCGAGUGCUUCAUCUCCCCUGGGUUUCGUAAGCGCAUCGACGCUGACGACAAUGUCGUCAGCUACGCCUCUGGUCUCGACUACGACGCUCAUCGCGACGAGCAACAGUCUCUCGCCAGCCACGAGGCUAGCCGAUGUAGACGACGAUGACGAAGAUGACGAGGAGGAGGAAGACGAAGCCAAAGACGAGGAGGAGGAAGAGCCGGAGGUGGAAGAACGCGAGGAGGCAGCUGCCCUCGAGAGGAGAAGCGAGAGCCCUCUAAAGCCGUACGUUCUGCCAAGCGACAAUUUGAGCAGCCUCGAGUCGCUCGGGGGCAGUACCUUCGACUACCUCUACGAGUUCUCGGAGACGCGCAAGGUCCUCGAGGAGUUUUUCAAGUGUCCGGUGCCAAGCGAGGAGAAGCAGCUGGCGCUCGACGACUCCUUUACCUUCCAGGACCUUGACUACGAGCUCCGUAGGCAAGCUGGUGGCAGUGCCUAUGUCGGCCAGAGGCUUGCCACGGUGCCGACGACGGAGGAGGUUCUCGUGCACGAGUCGCCGAAGAAGCACAAGCCCGAGCAGUCGCAGGUCGAGCACGAGAACAAUUUUUUGGACCUGUCGGCCGACACCGGCAGCAGCGAGGACCUCGGCGAGACCGAGGUCGGGCUGCAGGUGGGCCACUCGAGGAACUUCACCCUGAGCCCCGAGACGACCGAGUGCGACAGCAACUGCGGGGAUCUCGACAGCGAGAUGUCCCUCAUGAUGAUGGACAACGAGCUCCUACCCUCCAGUGGUCUGCUCGGCUCUCUCGGUGACCUCGGCAACAACAGCGACUCGCUAAGGAUAUACACGAGCAUGCCCGUACUCGAGGACGGACUUUCGAGCGGUCACGCGAGCGACACCGACAACAACAACCCGACAGUGAUGCUGAUGAAGAGGCAAAUCAACGAGAUCGAGAAGGAAAUAAUACAGAGGACGAGAAACGACAUGCUGGGUACGGACAGCAACGAUAACGCCAAAGACGUGGGUCUGAGGUUGCAAGCGGCAUCACCGGAGCUGUUCAUCACAAAGAAGGAUAACUCGUACGACACGACGAGCGAGCUCCAACUCGAUGGGCUGGAUCCACUGGGCACUCCGCCGCCUCCGGCACCGCAGAGCCGGCAAGGUGUAGCUCUGGAACAGCAGGGUGGCGAGGUCGAGGCGGCUAUCAAGGAUAUUCGGAUGGCGCUGCAGCGAACGAAAACGCUGCCCGUCAAGUCACCGUCCGAUGAGCCCCUGGAGCCCAGCGUCAGUCCCAUAUGGAUUCCAAGUUUGUUGGAUGACAGGAGACGAAUCUGCACGGAGAGCAACAGCGAGGACUCGGAAAUGAGGCGUAACGCCGACGACGUCGAUCUCGAGGCCGAGGAGGCUGCCGACGAGGAAGAGGCUGACACUGAUCUCGAAACGGAUCGGCUGCUCGGACAACAGCGAACUGACGAUCAGGGCUUCUACGACGACAAGUGGGCACCCGGUCCCCGCGGUCUCCUCCAGAGCUGGCGCAAGCCCAAGACACGGACGCUCCUGCCCAACCACGAUCGGCCAAAACCAAGCGGCAACAACAACAACAACAACAUCAACAACAACAACAACAACAAUAACAACAAUAAUAACAACAAUAACAACAACAACAACAACAACAACAACAUCAGCACGAGUGCCAUGGUCAGUUCGACGCAACAGCCGGUGGUGGUGAAGCCGACGUCCCUCGCGCUCGAAGUUCUCGGCGGUGGUAUCCAGGAAGCCCUGGGCUCGCCGUCCAAGCCACAGCCAGUGCAGUCUGCGUCGUCGUCACAGCAGCAGCAGCAGAGGUCCGACGUUACGGGAGCCUCGGCGACGAGCCCCGACGAUCAGCAGCAAUUGGUCCCGGACGGCAGUCCACCGGCGGCCUCCGCUACGUCCCCGCAGCCGAAAACCACCACCUCCCCCUCGUCCCCCCGAAGCCUCAAGGAGCCCGUCGCCAAGGUGAUAAAGGACAAGGAAGGAAAGAAAAAGAGCCGCAACAAAGAGGCGUUGCUGAACGACCCGGCAGUGCUGAUCGAAGGCGUGCUCUUUCGGGCGCGUUACCUCGGCUCGACUCAGCUGGCGUGCGAAGGACAGCCCACCAAGUCGACCAGGAUGUGCCAGGCUGAGGAGGCCGUGUCGAGGAUAAAGGCUCUGGCACCGGAAGGCGAGUCCCAGCCAAGUACGGAGGUGGACCUGUUCAUCUCGACGGAAAAGAUAAUGGUCCUGAACACGGAUCUCAAGGAAAUCAUGAUGGACCACGCGCUGCGUACGAUAUCGUACAUCGCGGACAUUGGCGAGCUGGUGGUGCUGAUGGCCCGGAGGCGCUUCGUGCCCCACGAAAUGGACGAGGCGCCCAAGAACCGCACGCCCAAGAUGAUCUGCCACGUGUUCGAGAGCGAGGAGGCCCAGUUCAUAGCCCAGAGCAUCGGCCAGGCCUUCCAGGUCGCCUACAUGGAGUUCCUCAAGGCGAACGGCAUCGAGGACCACAGCUUCGUCAAGGAGAUGGAUUACCAGGAGGUACUCAACUCCCAGGAGAUAUUUGGCGACGAGUUGCAGAUGUUCGCGAAAAAGGAGAUGCAGAAGGAGGUGGUCGUGCCCAAGGCCAAGGGGGAGAUACUCGGGGUAGUGAUAGUCGAGUCGGGCUGGGGUUCGAUGCUGCCGACAGUCGUCAUAGCCAAUUUGGCGCCGGCCGGCGCGGCGGCCCGGUGCGGACAGCUCAACAUUGGCGACCAGAUAAUCGCCAUAAACGGCGUCUCGCUGGUUGGGCUGCCGCUGUCGACCUGCCAGACCUACAUAAAAAACUCCAAGAACCAAACUGUCGUCAAGCUCACGGUCGUGCCCUGCGCCCCUGUCGUCGAGGUAAAGAUCAAACGGCCCGACACCAAGUACCAGCUUGGCUUUAGCGUGCAGAACGGGGUCAUUUGUAGCCUGUUGCGCGGUGGUAUUGCCGAGCGAGGUGGUGUGCGCGUUGGUCACCGCAUCAUCGAGAUCAAUAACCAGAGCGUCGUUGCCGUGCCCCACGAGAAGAUCGUCAACCUGUUGGCUACCUCCGUCGGCGAGAUCCUUAUGAAGACGAUGCCCACGUCGAUGUUUAGGCUGCUGACGGGCCAGGAGUCACCGGUGUACAUAUAAACCUGCGUUGAACAGACAAUGCACACGUCGUCCUCGCUAUACCUUGAGCCCCAAAUUCUCCAGCUUUUCGGAGCCCUCCGCUGCUAAUACGUGCGAUUUCUUCUAUAUAUACCAUUACUGCUACUCCUACUACUAACUCCCAGAGCCGAUAAGUCAGCCGACAAACAGCUGUACUCUUCAGCUACACUAUUUAUGCAUAUAUAUAUAUAUUAUCAUUGUCAUUAAUAAUAUUCUUUCAUCGCGCGCGUGUGUGUGAAGCUCCGAGGUGCUGGGAUAUAACGUAUAUACUUGUAUGAUGUUUUUACGUCGUUGUCGUCGUACUCGGAUUUUUGGUCAAUUUUUUUUUUUCUACUUUUUUUCCUACUCUCUAAACAGAUUAGCACCAUACCUACUGAGAAAUUCUUUUGUAAGUUUAGAAGUGGGUUAUUUUCGAUUGGCUCGGGGUAAUGGGUAAUUUUUCCUUUUGAGCACAACAAAUAUUGAAUAUUUAUAUAAUAUUACACGGACUGGUGAGAUGGCGGUUGAAUGAAUGAAUGAAAAAAAACAAAAAAAAAAAAAAAAGCCGAAAGAUUAUAUCACACUGCGAAAGUAUCCCAUCGCAGGUGACGCACGCACAUUGAAGAAUGUUCGUCGAUUAGGUGCACGGGACGUGGAGUCGUACAGGAGAAAAUGACAAAAGUUGCACACAGGAUUAUAAAUAGCACAAAAGCUUUUCAAGUAUAUUGUCUAAGACGAGGCUGAAAAACUGUACAUUACUAUUAUAUGAUCUUAUAAUUAAAAUAUAGGAAAAAUGACGUGCAGGUUGAGGGGGGGGGGGAGAUACAGCAAUCAGCAAUGCGUUGUGACUGUCAAGGAAAUGAGCAAAAAAAUGUUGCUUUAGAAUUUUUCGCACCAUAGGUAAUACAUAUAAAUUUAUAUUUAAUAUAUUAAUCUCUCGACGUUGUUCUUCAUCGUUUUGAAUAUGCCUUUCAUUCAAGAAAAAGUGUGUUUUCCAAAACGAAUGUCGAGAAGUCAUAGUAAUAAAAAUAAUAAUAAUUAUUAUUAUUAUAAUAAAACGAUACAUCAAUACGAGGAAGAAAAAAAAGAAAAAUUUGUACCGAUUGAAUUUUGCUUGGCUCACGCUACCGCGUUCCUCUUAUUCAUUUGUAUUAUUGACUUUACAAUACACAUAUACAUACUUGUGAAUUGCGUACACAUAUGUACACAUAUGAUAUAUAAAUAUACUAACACGUUUGAGCAUUUGAUGCAAUUAAUAUACGUUGAAAUCCGAGUGUACAGUAUUUGAAAGUCUACAGUGAAAAUUGACGAGAUGUUCAUUAACAUAAUCGUUUUUUUCUCUCCUUUUUUUAUAGCAGUUAAAGUUUGCAAAUUCGCUUAGUACAGUAUUUAUUAUCGAAUACAGGAUUUGUACUGGUGAUAAAUUUUACACUCGUUUAAAACAAAAUCGUAACGUGAGUUAUAAAAAUGAAAUAUUUUUACACAUCAAUUAUACAAGGAAUGUACAUGUCGUCUGUUUUCAUUGCAUACCCGGCUUUCGAAGUGUAAAUUGUUAAAAGGGCUUAUUAAAGUUUUGUAGAGAGAGGGAAAAUUUUUUUCUUAACUUGACAACAUUUAGGAGAAUUACAGUACCUACGGUGAGCCAUUGAUACUCAGUGGUUUCUCCAAACUUUUUCGUAUGCAUUAUUUUAAUGAUAUUUCAACGCGUUCUAUUUAUUAAUUAUCCAAAUUUUUAUUUAACCCUCGCUUUGAUU